ACAGGGUGCUUCCAUUCCGCUUAUCAACGCAGCGCUUUUCGAGCCUCUUGGAGCAGCUUAUCGCUUUCAAAAGUUCACAGACACUCCCCUGGAACGGACGUGGGAUUAUUCAAUCUCGGAAACAGUUGAGGAACCAACAUGCCUUGGACACGUCCCCUUAGUGUUCCCAUUCCGAUGGUUUGGCAUCGAUUCCAAGGGCCGGAUCCGAACCGACAGCUGGUGGAAUAUCGGAUUGAAGAUGUGACCCCUGAUCGGUACGAGGAGAUAAUUCAGCUGCUUCGAGAUCACUUCAUGUCCAGGCAGAUCGUUGCGGAUCAAAGUGAACUGCGGAAGCAGGAAAGCUACUGGAGGCAGUGUUUGGAGCAAAAACUGUCCGUGGUUUGCUAUCAGCAAGGCCUGGAUCGGAUUGUUGGUAUAAACCUGUUGCUAGUGAAGCAAUCCAACGAGCCCUGUUUCUUUGAAAGUCCAACAACGGGACGUCCGGUCAAAAAAACGCCUUAUUCCGAGGGAUGCCUUGUUGAUCGUUACGAUGUGUUUACGAACUACCGCACCAACCGUUAUUUGACGGCCGCGGAAGUGUUUGUCGAUCGGGAUUAUCGUGGAUUGGAGGUUGCCAUAGAAAUGCUGAACUCUUGGGUGCCGAUCUGUCGGAGAUUUGGAAUUCGUGUGAUAUCGACAGAUUUUAAGAGCCAGUCUGCGCAAGAAACCGCUCGCAAGGUUGGCUUCCGGACGGAUUGUGAAAUUACAUAUGAGGAAUGUGAAAAGAUUGGUAUCACACUUCCGGAUUCUAAUGCUUCCAAUGGAUGUCUCAAACUCAUGAGUAUGACUGUGAAUUGAUGUUGUUAAUAAAUUAUAAGUAUUGCAU